CCCCCCCCUCCCCCACCACGGCUGGCGGCCGGGACAGGCGCAGUCCAGCCUGGUGGGAGCGGCCGAGCGCUCGGGCACGGACCGUUCGAAAAUUCAAACCGUCCUAACGGCGAACAGCGCCCGGGGCAACUCGUCCUGAGCCACGGGAGCGGGAGGAAAGCAAAUCUCCCAAUAUCGCAAAAUGGCAGCCGCACAACCAGAAGCCAACAACGAAGAGACUGGACUCAACGGCUCUUGGGUGGAGUUACAUUUGAAGAACAAUGGAAAUGGGAACGAUAAUGGCACCAGUCGAAAUGGAGGAUUGGAGCAUGUGCCCUCAUCUUCAUCCAUCCACAACGGAGACAUGGAAAAAAUACUCCUGGAUGCUCAGCAUGAAUCGGGUCAGAGCAGUUCUCGGGGAAGCUCCCACUGCGACAGCCAGUCUCGUCCCCAGACACCACAGAUGACUCAGCCAGUCUUUGAAGUAGAACUGCAGCAUAGCAGAGACAACAGUUCUCAGUCUGAAGAUGAUGGUUUGGAGCGGGACCAAGAGGUAGAAAUUAUGAUGAAGAGGAGUGCUGAAUGGAUUUCUGACUGGUCAAGUAGACCUGAAAACAUUCCUCCGAAGGAGUUUCAUUUCAAACAUCCUAAGCAUUCAGUCACUCUAAGUAUGAGAAAGACUGGAGCAAUGAAGAAAGGAGGCGUAUUUUCUGCAGAAUUCCUGAAGAUCAUCUUCCCCUCUCUUCUUCUAUCUCAUAUUUUGGCCCUUGGCCUGGGAAUGCCAAACAGGUGGGGUGGAUUUCAGCAUAUCUUGAUAAACUUUAAUGGAUAUCUGGUUAAGCAAUUGCUGAUCUACAUUGGGAAAAGACUGACAACCUCAUCAUCCAGCACCUUCUGAGAGCCAGACUCAGAUUUAAACAUGACCUGUGAAAUUGUGUUGCUGUUCCAUCAGUACAUUUGAUUUGGAGGAAGAAAACAAAACACCACAAGCACAAGACAUCCCAUCCCAUUACACUUUUCCCUUUGAAGGAACUGCUUGGCUACCUGAGCACUAAGUGGGCUGAUCACUGUUGUCCUCAACUUUGACUUGUUAAGCAGGAUAUACACAAUGUGACAGCAGCCUAAUCUGCUUCAAUUAAUAGUUUGCUUACGUGUAAAAUAGAUUCACCAGCAAACACUCUUAUUCAAGGAGUGUUCCACUCCAUUUAGAUUAGAUUAUAAAAUUGCAAUAUCUAUGCAGUUAACACAAAGUACCAAUGGGGAUGGGAGACGAAGGGAUUAGUGCACAGCAGCAUUGAAACAAUAAAGCUGUAGCGGGCAAUACAAUCUCAUGUUUUGAGAUACACAUUCUUUUCGGUAGGAGCAAAGCACUUGAUUUGACACCAACAAAGCUGAAGUAGUGUGCAGCUGUUAGGAGCUGUUGCAGGUAGAUUUGAUUUUUGAUGGUGGAAAUUGACAUUACAUUUUUCUUAACCAGAAAUUACAGUUUUCAUCCAAUCUCUUGAUGUCAUAUGCUCAGUGCAAGCUAACAGGGCAGGCAUGCAACUUGACUCUGACGACGCUUCUAAGGAGCAAAGUUGUUUGUCUUUAGUUUCUAAUUCUUCACUGAAAAAUGCCAGAGUUCUACAGUUAGUUGUGAUAGUUUUUAUUUACUCAUUUUUACAUUGGAAAACUUAUUGCAGUUUUCUAGCUUCUCAAGUGAGCACAGAACCUCGGUAGCAAGCUUUUUGACCAUGGUGUGUAUCAUCAUAAAUAUAUUCUCACUUGGCAUUUCCAAUCAGGGAAAUCACAGGCAGAUUUCUUCAUCCCUGGGUUCUGUUCCUUAUAAUAGUCCUGUAGCAUCCCAGCAAAAAGUUGCUAAUUCAGCCCAGACAAAUAGUUGUACUGAAAAGAGAAAAGAUCUGAAUUCUGAGCUAACUGAAAGGAAAUAUGCAGAGUAAUCUGGAGGAACUUUCCAUUCUUUCUGCGACUAUCAACUGUUAUCACCCUACCUAUCUUGGCCCAUAAAUAAUCAUUUCCACUGUGUUGUGCAGCAUCUUGUGAAAUUAAUCUGCUGUGCCAUGGACCAUUUUGCCUUUGCUCUAUCCCUUUUAAUAGGAAGGAGAAUGGUACAAUUGAAAUACCAGCCUCCUGUAACCUUUCCAAGCAUCUUUGGGUUAUUUGAUUUCAGCUUUGUGUACUUCAGUUUUGAACUUCUGUUUAGGUAAACUAUAUUUGAUGACUGAGUGAAGUUGAUUACAUAUGGGCUUUUCAUGAUGGGAUGAGCAGCUCCAUUUUAGUUUGGCUGGAAGGAUCCUAAAUGAAAUGAGUUUGAUCGUCUCAAUUUAGUUUCCAAAGUAUUGUGCCUGUAGCAUAAAAUUUCCCUUAGCUUAUCACUAAAUUCACAGUCAUGUUCAGACCAGCCCCAUCCUACUGGCUGGUGUGAGAAAUAGAAAAAUGUGAGUGCAGCAGAAGAGGCAUUUGAAGAUUGAAGCCAUGUAGAGGAAGCUUCACGCUAUGCCUUACCUGUGCUAUGUUUGUCUCUGGAGUGCCUCGAUGUUCACACAGGGAAAUGAAACAUGUUCCAUUCCCCACCUUGAAUGCAAGAUUCACAAAAAAAUUAACGCUCUUAGAAGUAUGGUAUCACAUAAGGCAAAAAUAGCUGAGUACAUUGACCUGAAGAAAAGGUCAGUAAUUAUGCUGUAUUAAGGACAAAAGACAUGAGUACAAUUUUGACUUCAGUGAAACUGCUUAAAAUGCUCCUGAGAUUGCACAGCUUCUGAUAUAAUUAAGUUUAAUUCCGAUCAAUGUGAUUUAUUUACAAAAGAUUCUUGUUUAAGAAUGUAUUGAUUUGAGAUGAAUGGGACAAGGCUGUGCGGAAAAUAUCCUCAUCAGAUUAGCUAUUUGGUAGCAAAGAGAAGCUCGAUGCUGUUUCAAAAUAUAUUCUGUUCCCCUUCUAUUUUAACUGCUGGGAUCGGCACAAUUUAUUUCACUUUUAGUUGUUUGGUAGUACAGAACUUGAGUAUUGCUGAAAAAAAGAGACAUUUUGUCAAAGCUUUUCAUCUUGCACCCAUCAGGACAAUGCACAAGAACACAAUGUAAGGGAAAACCAUAUAUUUAUACAGUAUGUGCUGAUUGGUUGGCAAGUGAUGGUGACUGAUAGCAUCAAAGUGUAUUCUCCAUGACAGUGCCUUGAGGAAUCAGAGUCCACUUGCCAACCAAUCAGCACUCUUUUCCCAUACUGUAUAAAUUUGUUGUUUUCCUUUGCAUUAUAUUCUUGCGAAUUGUCCUGAUGGGUGCAAGACGAAGAGCUUCAGUCAAGUGUUCAUUUUACUUUCGUCACUUCAAUUGAGGAGAUGGCUGAUGAUCAGAGAAUCAUUGUUAUACCGUGUGCCAAUCUUGGAUAUGUUAAAUUCUUAAGAAAGAUGUUUAUUUGCUGUUUUUAAAAGAAUUGAAGCAGGAGAUUGGGAUGUGUUUGCACACUUGUAUAUUUUCAGGGAAUAAAAGAAAAUUGUCAAGGUUGGAAUUCUGAAAUCAAAAUCAAGUGUUGAAAACAUACAACAGAUCAGUCAACACCUGACAGAAAAAGGCACAGUUAAGUUAUGGAUAGGACCCUCUACAACACUGCAGAAGUGUCCCAUCUGAAACUCUCCUCGAUUCUCUUAGGUGUUGCACUAUGCGUUUUGAGUUUACGCCAUCAGUGAUGUGUGGAUUGGAUCUGAAAUUGAAGAAGUACAAUUGACUGUUUUCAUACAACGAUAACAAUGCCUUGAUUUUGGAGAGGGGUGGGUGGGGGUUUUCAGAAACAACUGUCAUCAUAAAUUGCAGGCGGUUGAUUUAAUGUAAGAUAUUUCGCAGACUGAAGUAAUACUAUUGUCUCCCAAUCAACAAAAAAAAGUAGUAGGAAGUCUCACGUUUUCAACUUGAAUGCCACAAACAUAAACCUGGCGAAGAUGACAGGUAUUUUUACAUGGGUGAAAAGUCACAUGCGUACUUGCACAUUUCUGUGUGUUGUGCAUGUAGCAGUGAAAAAGAAGUUAAGCUGCAGCACAAACUUUUAUGAAAAAGAUAUCAGUUUUAAAAAAAAUAAGUCUUUUUGCUUUUCUUCCAAUUGGGAGCAGGUUUUGCAAAAAAGAAUCUGUUGAAUUCAACUGAGCCGAAGUGAUUAUCAACAAAUCUGGCGUUUAGCUAGGUAGCACUUUGUAUAUUAUAUGCAGGUUAAUGUAAAGUUAGUACCAUAACCAUUUUUGUGCCAUUAAACACAUGAAUGCAAGUCUGUAUUUCUUCUUUCUAAAUCUAUUCAUAAAAAGCCAAAUUUGUUGCAUACUUUCAACCACUUGCUUAUAUAAUGCAGUUAACACAGCAAAAUAUCUGAAGGUGUAAAACGAGGCUAAUUCAAGCAGUGAGCAGGAUUUCCGAUUGGCAUUGAGGAAACUGACUGAAGGUGAGAAGGGAGAAAAUAUUUCCAGAAGAUGUUUGAAGUUGUGAAAAGAUGUAGCAAGGUGGAGGUGUUUAUUUUUUCAUUUUGCUCUUGCAAGAGUUAUGGGGAAAGCUUGAUAUCUGUUAGUGUAUGAACAGAUUUUAGUGCAAGUCUAUGACAGGUCAUUGUGCAAAUGUGAGCCUGGGUGUUGGGGGUUUGCAUGUUGACUUUGGAAGGCUUAAUUCUUCUCUUAUCUAACAUGUACUCGUGUACAUUUCAACCAGGAUUACUGAAUGAUGAUCAAGUAUUGCUACGCUGGCUGAUUUCUCCCUAUCUUCUGAGGGCAUUUGUUUUGUUCCAGCUGCUAGCUGAGAUUUGCUGACUUCAUGUAGACCAAAAUCUUGUUGCCAUUCCUUAUACCAUGUAUAUUUGUUAUUUAGAGCAUUGUGGAUCUUGGAAGUUUUAAAACUGGAUAAUUGGCAAAAUGGUUUGGCCUGGCAUCAGUGUCUCAAGGAAUUUCAGCUCAGGGUGCAUUUGGUGAUCUGGGCCCAAAUGGUACUUGUUUCAGGAAUUGAAUUUUUACUUAAACUCAUGCAUAUCACAGAACAUGAAAUCCUUGAACCAAUGCAAUCAACUGGUGUUUUAGAAAGUCAAUUUUUUGAAAAUAUUUUCUUGGAUUAAAAAAUAUUCCUGGAUAGAUUUGAGUUGUUCACUUUUAUUAAUACAGAUGUUAAGGCAUUUAUCACAAAACUGCAUUUUUAAACCAGUGUCUGGUUCGCCAGCUGAGAGUAAUCCAAUUUCAAAUACCUAAGAACGACUUUAAAAAGACGAAAGAGCUUUUUAUUAGUUUCAUUGUGUGUAGGAUGGUCAGUUUCUUAGUAAAGUAAAUAUUUUUAACAUUUAAAAGGUGUCUAUGUUAGCUUAAUUUUAAUAGCCUCCUCAAAGGCUUGCCAACAGAAGUAUUUAGUGGAAACUUGCCAUGCUAAUUAAUUCAGCCUGUGAGCAGGAACAGCUUCCAGCACAAUGUCUUCUAAACAAGCUUAGAUGAUCGUGGAAACCCAAUGAGCGCCGGACGUGGUUUUCUUUUGAAAUUCCUCCAUCUUCUGUGUUGCUUUGGGAAAAUUGCGCUGGAAAUGCCAGGACCUUCCUGUACCUUAGGAAGGGAGCCUGUGCCUUCAGGAUAGAGAAGGGCAGAAAAAAGAAGUCUUUUACUGAUAUAAAAGGGAAAUUAGCAGGUAAUAAAUAUUAUGAAAUUUUAUUUCUAGGUCCAUGUUUAAAUAAUUGUAUUUUCACAAGCUAUUAUUUAAACUUUGGAAGCUCCUAAACAUUUAAAUUUAUAAUUGGGUUCUUCUCCUUUUAUCUCUGUUCUGUGGUAUUUUUGCCAGAAUGUGGUGUUAGAAUUUAUUUAGGAGAAGAACAACCAUUGCAGACCAUCUUACAUCUGAAGAAAAAUUGUGGGAUUUUUUUCUUUCGUGUGAAAUUUGGAAAUAAUUGUAAACCUACCUUGGAUGCAAAUUUUGUACCUUCAGUAGUUAGUAUCUCUGGGAUGAGAGCUUUUUCCUUCGAAAUAUUACCUAAACCUUGAAAAAUAUUAGUAUUUGGUUCACUCAUAUGCUUGCUGAUGUUGUGCAGUUGAAUGGUUAAAGUUGAAAUCACCAGGAGAUGUCACUGCAGAAACUGAGAUAGUUGAGGAAUAAACAGCAGCAUGAAUUUUCUCUUUGACGCUUAUUCUUUCUUCACACAUUUCUGUGGGUUUUGACUAUUCUGAGUCCUGGCAUUUUUCAGCAACGGGAUCCCUUGCUCAGAAUUAUACACUUCUCUCUCAAGUCCAAGUACAGUGAAGCCUCUUUUUAUCUUUAUCUGUUGUAUAUCUGUGUUACUAGUCAUAAACCCUUGCUUAAAUAGUGGAAAGACAUAAAAUAUUCUCACACCUC